GCUGGAGUUUGGCACUAGAUUCAAUCGUCUGUUCCGGGGCCCAAGCUUGAGUGGCUGUCCUAGGGAGGAGUGGAAGGAUCCUAUCAAGUGAUGAGAAAGAUUUGAUCCAAGAAGCUUAUAGCCUGGCUAGGGUCCCAAACCAGUAUGUGACCCUGUUGUAUGGGGUCAUUCUGGAGCCAGGCAACUACAGCCUGGUGAUGGAGUUUGUGGAGCAUGGAUCGCUGGACAAGUUCAUGAAGAAGGUGAACAUCCCAUGGGAACUGAAGAUCCGCAUGGUCCGCGACAUCACCUGUGGGAUGAACUUCUUACACAACUUCACACCAAAGAUCAUCCAUCGUGACCUGAAGAUGCAGAACAUUCUGGUCAACGGUAAUCUUCAUGUGAAGAUAGCAGAUCUUGGCCUGGCAAAGUGGCGUACAUUCUCCAAGAAAUACAUGAAGGAAAGAUCUAGAGCCAGUAAAGGAAAGGAAGGCUACUUGGCAGGCACCAUCACACACAUUCCACCAGAAAACCUGCUGAACAUCAACACGAAAGCAACAGAAACAUUUGAUGUGUACAGUUUUGGAAUUCUGCUGUGGGAAAUAAUCACUGGCAAGGAACCAUAUGAAGAAUGUGGUGGAAAUGAAGCAUUGAUUACUGUGGGAGUGUGUCAGAAUCAGGACAGACCCAGCUCUGAGGAGAUUCCAGAGUGGCUGACAGAUCUGAUGAAAAGGUGUUACCACCAGGACCCUGGACAAAGGCCACUUUUUCCUGAAUCAUACAGCAUUGUUAACAAGAGGCUGACAGAGGACUACAUUGAAGCUAUGAUAAAACGUGCAGUGCAUGUUGUUCACAGAGCUCUGGCAAGAGUGAAUGUGGCCAGCCUAGCUCGCCAAACAGUGACAAAUGACAUCGCAAGUUCAGGCACAACAGUCACAACAGACAUACAGGAGUCAGCCUUGAAAGACCUGAAACAUGCAAAUCCGAAAGGAAGGUACUGGAUCAAGAUAGAUGGAACUGACAUCAAACCGGCUCUACAGGAGUCUAUGAAAGGACAGUGGAACGGGGACAUCGAUCUGAGGGAUGGGAAGCUGGCUGAACUAAGGAAGGAGUGUGACCAGCGACUUGAACUGGUAAACAACCUAGAAGUCAACAAGGAAAGGGCCAGUCUAGAAGAAAAAAUCAAAACUCUGGUCAACACCUUCCACGAUGAUAGCCACUUCCUCGAACAGGCCUUAACAGAAGCCGUCAAUGUCUACACAAAAAAAAUGCAGGUCCCAACAACACCCCAAGAAAAACUAAAAGAACUGAACUGGGAUGUAGUUGAAACCAGCCACCUGCUGGAGCAAUCACAAUAAUUUGCAAGGGCAUAUGAUGACACCUUGGCUUUCCUGAACCCAUCCAACACCAACGUACACGAAGUCAUCUCAAUACACAAAAGGAACAAAGCAGCCAUUCAAACAUAUACUUCUAACUUAUUCAAGAAGAAACGACAACCCGCAGCCACACAUGUACUUGUUGUAAUGCUCUCAGACGAGGAGAGAAAGAACAAACCUUACGCAUUACCAGUGCAAUACAUCCCCUACAACAGCCUGAGGGAUCAAUACAUCAGGGACCUGACAAAGACCCUGAAGGAGAGGAUGAACUUCUAUGGGCUCACUGCUGUUGGAACUGUCACUGAUGGGGAGUUCAGUACACUUAGGACAC